CGAGGGAAAUCUGGGAAAGUAUUCUAAUCUCUCUAAACGAGGAGAUGGCCAAACAAAACCGUAAGAUUAUUCUGUUCGUGGAUAAUGCUGCAUCUCACAAAACAACAAAAAUUCUGAAAAACAUUAAUAUUCAGUAUCUACCGGCCAAUACUACCUCCUUGAUCCAACCAUUUGAUCAAGGGAUAAUACACUCUUUUAAAGCGUAUUAUAGGCAAAUUAUAAUACGAAAACAGAUUUCUGCUAUUGAAAGUGGAAAGACUAUUGGAGAAUUUGCGAAAUCUAUAAAUAUUUUUAAUGCAUUGCAUAUAAUUAAACAUGCUUGGUGGUUAGUCAGACCAUUGUCUAUAACAAGGUGUUUCCAAAAGGCUAAAUUCAUUUCCGAAUGUGACGCAGCACCAUCUGCAGAAAAUGAGCAGGAGGAUAUCACUGAAACCAUCAGUGACUUAUCAGGGGAUGAAUUCGACAACUACAUCCGUUGUGACGACAAUUUGGUGUGCUGUGGACAACUUACAGAUGAAGAGAUAGUUAAAUAA